UUAGCCUGAAGCCAAGAGCCACAGCACACACUGGGCUGCUACCAGCACAGCGGGCAGAAAACAGAGACAUCCCGAAAGAAACUUCAAUUUUCGGACUUUUUUUUGGGUUAUUACAAGGCAUCACGCAGGAUAACCUACACGCUGACAUUUCCUUGUGUUUUCCGACGGCUGUCUUGGCACAAAAAGCCCCCAGAGAAGGACGGGACUACAAAAGAGCAAGUGACGUCGUUAUAAAAGGAGACUUGGCUGAAAUCCUUUAGACAACAAAGAAACAGCUUUUCAAAAUUAAAGGAGUAAUCCUCACUUAUUCUCUUUAGUUAUGAGUCAUGUGGUCGUCGACGGUUCACACGGUCUAGAUCAGCAGCUUGCUGUCUUAGACUUGAACUCAGCUGAUGGACAGGGUGCUGGCACUGGCCGGCGUUACAUUCCUCCUCAUUUGAGAAACAAAGACGCAUCAAAAAAUGCAGGAAAUGCUUAUUCCUCUGGUAGACAGAGCGGUUAUUCAGUGGCACCAGUACAGAGCUUUUCUCCCAAACAGUAUCCUCAGAGUUGGCACCCUGAGGGAAACCAAAGACACAGGCAUAACUAUCCAACUGGAUGGAAUGACUUUAGGACUGGUAACUAUUUAGAAAGAGCUGAUUUGCUAUUGCGUUCCUCCAUUUGUGAAGGAAUGGUUGUCUUAAGUGCCCUAUACCUCUGCUUAGGUUCCCAGAGAUUUGCGUCCCAGGAGCUCGCAUUUUAUCACACCUACACUAGUGGCUGGCCAGACAGAUGUGCCUCUCCUGCGCGCACCGACAGCAGUGUAGCCACCGAUGGAAAUGAGGACGCAGCCAGUGUUAUCAGCUGGGCUGAUCGCUGUGAUUCUCCAGGAUGGGAUGGUAGUCGUACCAAUGGUUUUGUCAAUGGAUAUCAUGAUGGUCGUAUGAAUGGGACUGCAAACUUCACCCGUGGGCCUCUUCGCAAUGACCGAGGAGGACGAGGUGGCUUUCGUGGAAACAGGAAUGGUGCUUCCUUUAACCAGCCAGUGCAUAAUGCAGGUUAUGGGACAUAUGAAAACAAAGAUGGAGGCUGGAACUCUGUGGUGAACAGGGAUGCGUAUGCAAGCUUUGGUGGGCGAUCUGACAGAGGAAAGUCUGCAUUCUUCAAUGACAGAGGAGCUAGCUCAAGAGGACGGUAUGAGCGUGGAGGCUUUGGAGGAGGAACAGGAGGAAACAGCCGUUGGGUUGAAGAGUCCAGAGAUGAAGAGGACUGGUCAAAGCCAACGCCCCCCAAUGAGCGUCUAGAACAUGAGCUGUUCUCUGGGAGCAACACGGGGAUUAACUUUGAGAAGUAUGAUGACAUUCCUGUGGAGGCCACUGGAUCAAACUCUCCUGGGCAUAUUGAGAGUUUCCAUGAUGUAGACAUGGGUGAGAUAAUUAUGGGCAACAUCACCCUGAGCCGCUACACACGUCCUACUCCUGUUCAAAAGUAUGCAAUUCCCAUCAUCAAGGCCAAGAGGGACCUGAUGGCCUGUGCACAGACAGGCUCGGGGAAGACUGCAGCCUUUUUGCUUCCUGUGCUGAGUCAGAUCUACACUGAGGGACCUGGAGAGGCACUGCAGGCCACCAAAGCCAGCACCCAGCAGGAGAAUGGAAAGUAUGUUCGUCGUAAGCAGUAUCCCAUUUCUCUUGUCCUGGCUCCAACCAGAGAACUUGCACUUCAGAUUUAUGACGAGGCCAGAAAGUUUGCUUACCGCUCCAGAGUGCGGCCAUGUGUAGUGUACGGUGGUGCAGAUAUUGGCCAGCAGAUCCGUGAUUUGGAAAGAGGCUGUCAUCUGCUGGUGGCCACCCCUGGUCGUUUGGUAGACAUGAUGGAGCGGGGCAAGAUUGGUCUGGAUUACUGCAAAUAUCUGGUGUUGGAUGAAGCUGACAGAAUGCUUGAUAUGGGUUUUGAACCUCAAAUCAGGCGUAUUGUGGAACAGGACACAAUGCCUCCUAAAGGUUCUCGCCAGACCAUGAUGUUCAGUGCCACCUUCCCGAAAGAGAUUCAGAUUCUGGCCCGUGACUUUCUUGAGGAGUACAUCUUCCUUGCUGUGGGCCGUGUGGGCUCCACCUCAGAGAACAUCACUCAGAAGGUGGUUUGGGUAGAAGAGAAUGACAAGCGCUCCUUCCUCCUUGACCUGCUCAAUGCUACAGGCAAGGAUUCUCUCACACUAGUGUUUGUGGAGACCAAGAAGGGCGCAGACGCUCUUGAGGACUUUCUCUACCGUGAGGGCUAUGCCUGCACCAGUAUCCAUGGUGACCGCUCUCAGCGUGAUCGUGAGGAGGCGCUUCACCAGUUUCGUUCUGGACGAUGCCCCAUCAUGGUUGCCACUGCUGUGGCUGCACGUGGCCUUGACAUCUCCAACGUGAAACACGUCAUCAACUUUGACUUGCCCAGUGACAUUGAGGAGUAUGUCCAUCGCAUUGGUCGUACAGGCCGCGUGGGAAACCUUGGGCUGGCCACAUCCUUUUACAAUGAUAAGAACAGCAACAUCACUAAAGAUCUGCUAGACAUCCUGGUGGAGGCCAAACAAGAGGUUCCUUCCUGGCUUGAGAACCUUGCCUAUGAGCACCAGCACAAGAGCACCAACCGUGGACGUCCCAAAAGGUUCUCUGGUGGUUUUGGGGCCAGAGAUUACCGCCAGAUGGCUGGGGGUGGCAACACUUUCGGCAACCGUGGCGCUCGCAACACUGGCGGCCAUGGAGGAAACAGAGGUUUUGGAGGCAAUAAGGGUGGCUUUGGGAGUUUCGGUGGUGACAGCUAUGGGGGCACCUAUGGAAACUAUGGAGGAAACUACACUCAGGUGGACUGGUGGGGCAACUAAAAAUACAUUUGCCAAACUAGCGGACCGGAAACCACAUGUUAUCAUAGCCAGACUCUACCCCCUGUGUAGCUUUAUGAACUCGGUACAUUACACGCUGUGAUUCUCUGCCCACAUUCUAAAGGGAGCUGAUCUGUGGCAAAACCGGAGCAGAAAACCAAGAAUGCCCACUUGUGUAUUGAUCUCUUACAGCACCUAGGUUUUUGACUUUUUUUCUUUGUUAAAAAAGAGGAUCAUUUGUAUGUGAAUGUACUGUGCCUUUUUGAAUAUAGACAGGAAUUUAGUUUUGUUAUUUUCAUCGAGUGAACUUGGCCAAGAGCUUAAUUUAGUUUUUUAUUUUUCUUUCUGUAAAGGCGUUUGAAAGCUUGUACUUAAUCAAACCUUGGCAAAUACUGGAAUACUGUGACUCUGUGCGAGUCGCUGUUCCAUUUGAACUUCAAAUUAUCACCGAUAUCAUGAAGCCAACAAUACAAGCCAUGAAGUAAAACACUUUUCACAGGUGCUUUGCAGACGCUCUGUGAAGCAACUGUGUCACAAGGGACAAAUCGGUCUGACUUUUGUUUUGCUCACUCUAUCCUGGAGAGACACCUAUUUUGGGAUACGGUUGUCUUGAAAAGGCCAUUCCAGUUGUGAUAUUCACAACAAAUAUUGGAAAUACUCAGUGUUUGAAAAUUCUAAAUGCUGGAACUUCUUACUCCACUAGUUUUAAUUGACUUGACAGUGUUAUGGCAGCUAGUAAGAACCACGUGCUAGCCACUGUAAGUGGGCAGCAUUUUUUGUUAAGAACUACUACUUUUCUUUCUGGAAACGAUGACUACAUUUUAGAGAAGCAGAUGCGAUUUAUUGAAAAACUCUGAGGUUUUUUGAUAAAGUGUUUCUUUAGAAAUGUCAGCAAAACAAAAAAUGCCUGCCAUCCUGAAAGCGAAGUUCAAAAGACGACAAACGGACCACAGAACCAAAGCGGCCGUGCCUUUUGGAUCAUGGCUGCUUUGGUCACAUAUACGCAUGCUAGUGUUUUGUUUUUUGGUCAAGAAGAGAAGACGAAUGAAUUGUUGCAGGCUUUCUUUUAAUACAGAUGUCCUCUCUUUUCAAGCUGCGCUGCAGGCAUGGCUCCCUUUUUCAUAGGUAGAGGCAGCGCCAUGAGAGUUCAUUUUGAGGCAUCGGUGGAUCUGAUUUGGGCCUGGCGUGAGUGCAGUUAGACAGGCCACCAUUUUAGCUUGUGAGCUGUCAGACAAGAGGUCAAUGAAUGCUGUCAGCUCCUGAAAUUCAUCUUGUUAGAUGUGAACUUCAACCACUGGCCGUGGAGCCAGUUUUCUGCUUCCUUUCUUGAAAAGGGAGGAAGCGCUCGAGUGGAGGAGAAAUAAGGCAUUUAUCGCAAGUGCAAUAGAUUUUCUUCUCAAGUGAGUUGUGCCUUGACUUUUUCUUUUGUUCAUUUGUUUUUUAAUUGAUGAAUUUAAGCGGAUGCACUGACAGUAUUGAGAACUUCAAGUUGAAUGGUGCUACUUUAGUUAGGUCUAGGCCCAUGUACGUUGUGCCCAUCAAGUUUUACAAAGUUCUUUUAUUGCACAUUUCGAGUUUUAUAUACGUGUCUUGAGUGCGCAUGUCCUCAAGCUUCCAAAUAUUGUGUCAGGAGACCGGAGAUAACGCAGCUUGUUUACAAAAAGGGGAAGGGUUCUCACUAUUUACCAGGAUUUAUUUGGGACCAGGGCGAAUUUAGCAGUGGGGAAUUUAGCUAUUUGCACACAGAUUUCUAGAUUCUACUUUUGCUGCUAGUUUUGUGUAAUUUAUUAAGCAUUUUUUGACAAAUAUUUAUUUUUAUAAGCCUCAAAGUGAUUCUUUGAAAGUUUCAAGAAACUUGACCAAAAGACAAUACCUAAACACUGGCACUUGAAUGUUGAAUGUCACCUGUAUGCGUGAAAAAUUUCUAUAUUUCGGGGUAGCGUGAGCUUUUUAAUGUUUCAGACGUAAUGGACUCAGUCAGUCUCCACAGCUGUUAAAGGCCUAACAGCAACACGUCGCUAUGGAAUUACUAAUUGGCUCUCAAAAUUGGAAACUGGAAAAUAAUGAAAAUGGAAAAAGGAAAAGAAACAAAAACAUGCCAAGGUUUGGAAAUCAAAAGUCAUUGUUAAAAAAUGUUAAGUAUCAAUACAAAAAGUGUCCAGAUUCUCCAAAUAUGUGCUUUUUUCUGUCCUGCAGAUUGGCAUUUGUUCUGUUGAAUUUUUGUUUCUGUCAAUGUCUGGCACAUGGCAACCUGGAACAUGUGGUUGAUCUCUAUCGUAUUUACACACACACAUAUGGCGACUCUGGUAUUAGUCCACUCAGGAGAAGCUGCAAGUAUCCACUCUAGCAAUAAGUCUUAAUGUGUAUUGGAAAACACUGAAAUCACACCCCAGCCCUCACCAUUCUGAUGGGCCAUUAGUUUGCUCCCUGAGAGGACACCAGAGCCCCUUAGAUUUAGUAUUUGCUUUAUGUCGUAGCUUCUAGGCUCUGCACUGCAUGAGACGACUCGGCUGUGCGUUUAUUGUAUGAUUUUACCAAAAUAAAAAGUUUCUGAUGCAAAAUUCCUUACAAAUCAAGCAUGGUUUCUUAAGUGUUUGAUGUAGCCGAAAUUGGAUCAUUCAUUGUAACGGCUGUUCUUAAUGUGAUUUAAGCUCGGUGGAGUUGUUUGACGUUUAGUUGAUGCCAGUUUGUUUACAAAAUAGAAAUUUCUUCUUUA